AUGGCUGAAGGUGUUUCAAUUGCAACUGGUUUAAAUCCAUUAACAGAUCCAGUGUGUUUAUUUAUUGUACAAGUACUUUUAAUUGUUAUUAUUUCAAGAGCAUUAGGCUAUCUUUUAAAUUUUGUAAAACAACCACCAGUAAUUUCUGAAGUUAUUACUGGUAUUUUAUUAGGUCCUUCAGUAUUAAGUAAAGCAACUGCUUUUUCAGUAAAUGUUUUCCCAUCAGGUUCAUCAAUCACAACAUUGAAUGUUAUUGCCAAUAUUGGUUUAAUUUUCUUUAUGUUUAUGAUUGGUUUAGAAGUUGAUGCAUCCAUUCUUAAAAAGAAUCUUAAAGCCUCAAUGAUCAUUUCUUUGUCAUCGAUUAUUCUUCCAUUUGCAAUGGGUAUUGGUCUUGCCGCUACAUUAUAUCAAUUUAUGCCAUUCCAUGAGGACACAGUUACUGUACCAAAUUUCGGGUUAUUUUGUGUUUUCGUUGGUGUUGCCAUUUCCAUUACCGCUUUUCCAGUGUUGGCUCGUAUUUUAAAUGAACGUAAUUUAAUGGGUACAAGAGUCGGUAUUAGUUCAAUUGCCGCUGCUUCAGUUGAUGAUGUAAUUGCAUGGAUCUUGUUGGCUAUUGUAGUUUCAUGGGGUAACAAUAUCAAAUCCGGUAGUGAUGAAGGUGUAAAUCUUUCAGCCCUUUGGACAUUCCUCAUGUUAAUUGGGUUCUUAAUAUUCAUGGGUACCGUUGGUAGAUUUGGAAUUGAUUUUCUUUACAAACGUUUUGUUAGAACCGAAGCACAAAAACAUAACAUGUUGGUCGUUAUCCUUAUUCUCACAUUAGUUUGCGCUUUCUUUACUCAAGUAAUUGGUGUCCAUUCAAUUUUCGGUGCAUUCGUAAUGGGUAUCAUCACACCAAGACACAACGGUUUCCACAUCCAUGUCACAGAAAGUAUUGAAGAUUUCGUUACAAUCAUCUUAUUGCCAUUGUAUUUCACUUACUCUGGUCUCCGUACAGAUCUCAGUUCAAUUGAUAGUGGUGCUGCUGGUGGUUUAACAGUUUUCAUCAUUUUCAUUGCAUGUCUUGGUAAAAUUGGUGGUGCAACACUCGCAAGUAGAUUCACAAAGAAAUCAUGGAGAGAAUCUUUAACCAUUGGUUUCCUUAUGAACACUAAAGGUUUGGUAGAGUUAAUCGUAUUAAACAUUGGUUUGGAUAUUCAUGUAUUGGAUAAAACCACAUUCACCAUGUUUGUCAUUAUGGCUUUGGUCACCACAUUUAUGACCACACCAAUCGUACAUUUCCUUUGGACCAAAUGGGAAGAAAGACAAAAUACAGUUCCAAUGGAGACAAGACAAAAAGGUCGUUUCAAUAUUUUAUUAUACAUUUCAAACACAAGAGUUGGUACAGCUCUUACAAAUAUCGCUGCAGCUAUCACUCCAUCCGAUGAGGAAUCCAAAAAGAAAUAUAGAGUAAAAUCAUUGUUCUUACAUCCAAUCUCUGAUAGACCAUCAUCCUAUUUCUAUAGCACUUCAAAUAAUAUCAAGAAUUUACCAGCUCAAAAGAGAGAAGCAGUUGAAGCAAUUCAAAACGAUUCACAAGAAGUUGGUUUACCAUUUAAACCAAUCUUUAUUAAUUCCACUGAUCCUGCUCAAGAUAUUUCCUCUGUAGCUAAAAAGAAUCAAUGGCCAGAUCUCAUUUUAUUGGGUUAUACUAGAAGUGAGGUUGCUAACGAAGGUAUUUCUUCACUUGGUCAAUCUGGUGGUUUCUUUGGUGGUGGUGGUAGUGGUGGCAGUGAUGGCCAAGCAUUCUAUGGUAAAGUUAUUGUCAAAGUUUUACAAACUUGUAAAUCAUGUGUUGGUGUAGUCGUUGAUAAAGGUUUAGAAAGAUUCCAUAGACAACAUAAUAUUUUAUUCGGAUUCUCUGGUGAAAUCUAUGAAAAUGAUGCUCUCACAGUCGUCAUCAAAAUGGCUAGACGUGAAAAUAUCAAAAUCACAGUAUUGGCCACCAAUCCAGAGAAACUCUUGGAAAGAAUUGGUAAUAAUCCAAAGAUUAAUAUUGAUAGCUUUAACAUCAUUCAAUCAAAUGAUCCAUACCAAGAAGUUCUCCAAAGAUCAAGUAACCCAGACGCUGAAUAUUGGUGUGUUGUUGUUGGUGUACCACGUGAAGAUGCUACCAAACAAGAGAAAUUAAUUAAUAAUACUCAAGUCUCUUUAUUAAUAGUUCAUCCAUCAAAUUCUUUAUUAGAUCCAUCACUUAAAUCAAGUUCAAGUUAUACAAAUUUAUCAGGUUUAGAUUAUAAUAAAGCAGCUGAUGAUAAUAAUUAUGCUGUUGGUGGUAGUAAUAAAUGUAAUGAUGAAGAUCCAGAUGCAAUUCAAAUGGAAUAA